AUGUCGAAACGGACAAGCAGCGUAGCCACCAAUGGCAAGGCAGCCAAAGAUGCUGCUGAUAGCUUCGCCGAGCCUGCCCACGACAAGCAGAAUCUCCUUCUCGCGGCCGACCCCGGUCACUUUUCUUUGAUCCGCGCCCUCCACCUCGCCGACGCAAUUACCCUCUGUAAUGGUACGGUCUCACAUAUUCCCAGCUUCUUCCGCACUCAUAUUGAGAGGAGAAGAGCACUGCUGACUUGCUGUGGAAUAGGAGCUUGUGGUGUCAUGUCAAUUUUUACCUCUCUGCGCUACUGUCUUGGCGAUCCUUCGUCCACUAGCACGCUGUACCUCGCCCUCUCCUUCCUACCCUUUGGCCUCUUCUUCGACUUCAUGGACGGUAAAGUUGCACGUUGGAGAAAGAAGAGUGGUAUGAUGGGCCAAGAGCUUGAUUCUCUGGCUGACCUGAUCUCUUUCGGCGUCGCUCCUGCUUCUGUGGCCUUCGCCCUUGGUUUGCGCACACCCAUCGACCACCUCUGCCUGACCUUCUUUGUCCUCUGCGGCCUCACGCGUCUCGCUCGCUUCAACGUAACUGUCGCCGCUCUUCCCAAGGAUGCAACUGGAAAAAGCAAAUACUUCGAAGGCACUCCCAUCCCUACCAGUCUUGGCCUUGACGCUGUGAUGGCGUACUUGGUAUCUCAGCGUUGGAUUCUUCAGGACCUUCCUCUCGGAACGUGGCUGUCGGGAACUGCACUGGAAUUCCACCCCAUUGCUCUUGUGUUCGUGGUUCACGGAUGCCUUAUGACCAGCAAGAGCAUUCAUAUCCCCAAGCCUUAG